GGUGCUAAAACAUCAUAAUUUCGAUCAGGUGAUUGAAAGUGUUUACUCAUCUUUUUUAAAUCGAUUUUAAGGAUUUGUUUUGGAAUUACAUUGAAAAUGGACACAAUUGAUCGAAACGAACUCGUCGAUAAACUAACGAUCGAAAUGCUUGACUUGAUCGAACAACAAGUCAAGUGUAAAAUGAACAUCAGCAACCUUAUCGCCCAGGGACAAAUUCAGAUUGCAAAGACCAGAUACACACAGGGCACGAGAACCGUAUCCACAUCUCAACUACCCACCGAAAAUAGUCAGGAAUUUAAAGCACUGCGAACGGUCGAUAGAGUUAACAACGAUGUGGGUGAUGUGCAGCUAAAUUUGAAUGUUGAAACUGUAAACAAAGACGACGGAUACGUUGAUCCGAUCAAAUGGUUCGGCAUUCUGGUUCCGCAAUCGUUGCAAUUGGCCAGGGAUGCGUUCCAAAAGUCUAUUGAAUAUUCCUGUGAAAGUGCGAACAUCCAGUCCAGUUUGUGGCGGACAAUGUCGAACAUUUUGUUACUAAAAAAGCAAAUUUCUUUGGAUUAAAAUUGUAAAUAUACGGAAAGGCUGUGUGUGUUUUUCAUUGCAUCAAGUUGUGCUGGUGCUACAGUCUACUAAUAAAACAAAAAUUGAAUUCUGCGGAGAUUUACGUUUGCCAGAAGGUCGAAAUAUGUUGAGUGUGUUAAGAGAGCUAGAAGGAAUCGAUGGGAAUUAAAGUCAUUACGAACUACUGACCUGACGAAAACAUGGAAGAUAAAAAUUCACCUUACGCCUUUCGAAGUAUUCCCUUUUCUUAUAUCCGAUGAACUAACCAUACUUACCCUUCUAACAAACCAGAAUCUCGUUCAUUAUCCAUCUUGUACACUUUGCGAUUCUUCAACAAAAAGUUCAAACUGAUUCUUUGAGACUAGACAUAAAUAAAAGGCCGAAGAAUCAGGUCAGACAACGACAGUUAAUUUAAUGCACAGCAAAAUAUUCCACGAACCGAACUUUUUGUUAUGGCAUGAGAAGCCGUCUGUAUGAUACGUAGAGGCAACGUGAAUGCACCAAAUACUACAAAUAAUAUACGAGAGACGGUAAAACCCAGCACUCGUCGGUGAUAUCGGGUGUUUGUAGUAUUAAUUUGACAUCUUGGUUAUUCAACACGACCUCAGUUGCGUAAAAACAUUUUGAAGGAGAACUUGGUCGAGCAGUUUGAGUCGUUGAAUAUUAAAUCUUUGGAGAUUAACUUGUCGAAAAGGACUCUGUGAUUCACAUACUCUCAUAUUUAUCUCUUAUAAUUUUAUGAAAUGGAGGAUUUGGAACAACAACGAGACGAGGUGCAAGCAUUGUCCUCAAUCUACGGCAAAGAUUUCGUCUUGGAAGAAUUCACAAAUGACUACCAGGUGUACUCGAUGGAAUUUCAGAACGAUGCGAAAACGAUCGAAGUAAAAUUGACCGUCAAAUUGCCCCCAACAUAUCCGUCGCAAAUUCCUCCAUCGUUCGAAUUGAGUUCGCCAUACUUAAACGGACCAACCAAAGCCGCACUGGGUGAACGGCUCAAUGAAAUAUUCGUGGAGAAUGUGGGCCAGCCCGUUUUGUAUCAGUGCUUCGAAGAGGUGCGCGGUUUCGUCGCAACAUUCAAUCAAGACUGUGUGAUUCAUGAGAAGGAAGUCGUUACUUCGACGAUUGGGUCAAACAAGGCGAAAGAAUCCAAGAAGAAAGAGUUUUCCUUCGUUACCAGCGAUCCGAUAAUCGAUCGGAAAAGCAUAUUUCAAGGGCAUGCAACAGAGAUUUCCAGUCGUAAUGAUGUGGUAUUGGCUCUGCAACAAUUGAAAGUGAAUACGAAAAUCCAACGAGCGACCCAUAACAUUUACGCGUAUCGAAUCCGUGACGGCAACAUCUUGCAGCAGGAUUGUGAUGACGACGGUGAAAAUCAGGCCGGUUCACGUCUUCUGCACUUGUUACAAAUGACCGAAGCAGAAAACGUUUUGAUUGUGGUGUCGAGAUGGUACGGAGGAAUUCAAUUGGGAGCUGCUCGUUUCAAGCAUAUUAAUAAUGCGGCUAGGCAGGCUCUUGAUAAAAGUAACAACGGGAACGUAGCCAGCGCAAAGAAUAAGAAGAAUUGACGGUGGGUUUUUGACAGAAGGGUUCACUUCUGGUACAUUAUAAAUGCGUUCGUAUCGUAGCCUUUACGACUUCUGAGGCACCGUCCAAUCAAAAAUAAAAAAAAUGUUUUU